AUGGUCAGAUUAUCCAAUAUCAAGGAGUACUCGCCGUCUUCGACAUCCAAACAGGCCGUUCCGACCACGGAAGUCAUGAGGCCUAGCUCCUUACCAACGCGCGCGGGUAUGCCACGAACGAAAAGCAACAAAUUGUUCGAAAGUCAGUUGCAACAUGCACUGGCGCAACAAGGCCUGGCGAGCGAAACAGCAUUGGAUCCGAAUUGGAUCCUGGAUUUCCAUGUCCUUGGCAUUCCCGGACCCAGUCCCAGCUCGCAGGUCUAG